AUGUCUGUACCCAUCUCCGCCUCCUCUGGCAACCGGCGGCACCGCUUGAACCCUUCUAUCGUGGAGACAACCGCCGGUCUGUCUGCUGGAUGCGUCGCGACGCUCUUGUUGCACCCUCUGGAUAUCAUCAAGACUCGACUCCAAGUCGAUACUUCUGCCCACCCACUACUCAACUCCUCCAGAACGGUUCUUCGAGAUGUUUGGCGGAACGAAGGCCCCACUAGACUUGCUGCUCUAUACCGAGGACUGAGCGUCAACCUUAUUGGCAAUUCUGCCGGCUGGGCUUUGUAUUUCUUGUGGUACGGGCAAGCCAAAGAUAUGGUCAGAACCUAUCGCGGUUACACUUCAAGCCAGGACCUUACGUCUGUGGACUAUCUCGUCGCAUCGACGGGCUCUGGGGCACUGGCUGCGGUCAUCACGAAUCCCAUUUGGGUUGUCAAGACGCGAAUGCUCUCGACUUCGGCCACUGAAGCAGGAGCAUACCCUGGCCUCAUUGCUGGCCUGCGUUCCAUUUUGCGAAAGGAGGGACCGAGAGGCUACUUUCACGGACUAACACCCACACUAGCCGGAGUCUCUCACGGCUCACUGUAUUUCAUGGCCUACGAAAAGCUCAACAAGUGGCGUCGCGACCGCCGAGAGGCCCAGGGUGGAUCUGGGCAACUUUCGAACAUGGAUACCAUCAUGAAUUCAACUCUGUCCAAGCUCUGGGCUGGCACCAUCACCUACCCGCAUCAGGUCUUGCGAGCGCGUAUGCAGACUCAGAACUUGCGCGGCGCAGAAUCACCAGCUCAGCCAAACUUGAGCGUCAGAGCACUGAUCCGAACCGUUUGGCGAAACGAAGGCGCAUUAGGCUUCUACAAGGGUAUGUUUCCGAACUUGCUUCGUGUGGUCCCCAGUACCUGCAUUACCUUCCUGGUCUAUGAAAACGUGAAGUGGGGACUGCCCCUGCUAUGGAACAGAGACAGCAGUCCCGGCGAACAGGCCUUGAGACAAUAG